AGGGCGGGAGCCGUGCGACUCGCGGCGGCGGCGGCGCGCUGACGUCACGCGCCGCGGCCAGCCAGCGCGCGCGGGGGGCCGUCCCGUCGGCCCCAAUCCGGGAGGAGCCCGGGCGAGUGGGCGGGGCCGCGGCGGCGAAUGGGCCGAUCGAUUGGCGGAGGAGGAGGAGCGAGAGGGCGAGCGGGCGAGUGGGAGCGAGGCUGGGCGGGCCGAGGCGAGCGGAAGUCUCGCGAGGCCAAGCCCGAGCGGAGUGUGGCGGCGGCGGCGGCGGCGAGAUCUGGGCUUGGGGUGAGGAGUUGGUAUUUGUGUGGAAGGAGGCGGAGGCGCAGGAGGAAGGGGGAAGCGGAGCGCCGGCCCGGAGGGCGGGAGGAGGCGCGGCCCGAGCGGGCGGCCGAGGCGCGGCGAGGCGGGGCGCCGGGGCGAGCAGCGGCCGAGCGAGCGCGGGGCGCACCGAGGCGAGGAGGCGGGGAAGCCCGCCGCCGCCGCCGCCGCGCCCGCCCCUUCCCCCCGCCGCCCGCCCCCUCUCCCCCCGCCCGCCGCCUUCCUCCCUCUGCCUUCCUUCCCCACGGCCGGCCGCCUCCUCGCCCGCCCGCCCGCAGCCCCGGAGCCGAGGCCGCCGCGGCCGUGGCGGCGGAGCCCCCAGCCAUGGCCUCGGGCGACACCCUCUACAUCGCCACGGACGGCUCGGAGAUGCCGGCCGAGAUCGUGGAGCUGCACGAGAUCGAGGUGGAGACCAUCCCGGUGGAGACCAUCGAGACCACGGUGGUGGGCGAGGAGGAGGAGGACGACGACGACGACGAGGACGGCGGCGGCGGCGACCACGGCGGCGGGGGCGGCCACGGGCACGCGGGCCACCACCACCACCACCACCACCACCACCCGCCCAUGAUCGCGCUGCAGCCGCUCGUCACCGACGACCCGACCCAGGUGCACCACCACCAGGAGGUGAUCCUUGUGCAGACGCGCGAGGAGGUGGUGGGCGGCGACGACUCGGACGGGCUGCGCGCCGAGGACGGCUUCGAGGACCAGAUCCUGAUCCCGGUGCCCGCGCCGGCCGGCGGCGACGACGACUACAUCGAGCAGACGCUGGUCACCGUGGCGGCGGCCGGCAAGAGCGGCGGCGGCGGCUCGUCGUCGUCGGGCGGCGGCCGCGUCAAGAAGGGCGGCGGCAAGAAGAGCGGCAAGAAGGGCUACCUCGGCGGCGGGGCCGGGGCGGCGGGCGGCGCGGACGCGGGCAACAAGAAGUGGGAGCAGAAGCAGGUGCAGAUCAAGACCCUGGAGGGCGAGUUCUCGGUCACCAUGUGGUCCUCAGAUGAGAAAAAAGAUAUUGACCAUGAGACAGUGGUUGAAGAACAGAUCAUCGGGGAGAACUCACCUCCUGAUUACUCAGAGUACAUGACAGGAAAGAAACUUCCGCCUGGAGGGAUACCUGGCAUUGACCUCUCAGAUCCCAAACAGCUGGCAGAAUUUGCUAGAAUGAAGCCAAGAAAAAUUAAAGAAGAUGAUGCUCCAAGAACAAUAGCUUGCCCUCAUAAAGGCUGCACAAAGAUGUUCAGGGAUAACUCUGCCAUGAGAAAACAUCUGCACACCCACGGUCCCAGAGUCCACGUCUGUGCAGAAUGUGGCAAAGCUUUUGUUGAGAGCUCAAAACUAAAACGACACCAACUGGUUCAUACUGGAGAGAAGCCCUUUCAGUGCACGUUCGAAGGCUGCGGGAAACGCUUUUCACUGGACUUCAAUUUGCGCACACAUGUGCGAAUCCAUACUGGAGACAGGCCCUAUGUGUGCCCCUUCGAUGGUUGUAAUAAGAAGUUUGCUCAGUCGACUAACCUGAAAUCUCACAUCUUAACACACGCUAAGGCCAAAAACAACCAGUGAGAAGAAGAGAAGACCUUUCUCGACCUCGGGAAGCAUCUUCCAGGAGUGUGAUUGGGAAUAAAUAUGCCUCUCCUUUGUAUAUUGUUUCUAGGAAAGAAUUUUAAAAAUGAAUCCUACACACCUAAGGGACAUGUUUUGAUAAAGUAGUAAAAAUUAAAAAAAAACUUUAAUAAGAUGACAUUGCUAAGAUACUCUAUCUUGCUCUGUAAUCUCGUUUCAAAAACACGGUGUUUUUGUAAAGUGUGGUCCCAACAGGAGGACAAUUCAUGAACUUCGCAUCAAAAGACAAUUCUUUAUACAACAGUGCUAAAAAUGGGACUUCUUUUCACAUUCUUAUAAAUAUGAAGCUCACCUGUUGCUUACAAUUUUUUUAAUUUUGUAUUUUCCAAGUGUGCAUAUUGUACACUUUUUGGGGAUAUGCUUAGUAAUGCUAUGUGUGAUUUUUCUGGAGGUUGAUAACUUUGCUUGCAGUAGAUUUUCUUUAAAAGAAUGGGCAGUUACAUGCAUACUUCAAAAGUAUUUUUCCUGUAAAAAAAAAAGUUCUAUAGGUUUUGUUUGCUCUCUUAAUUUUGGUUGUAUUCUUUGAUGUUAACACAUUUUGUAUAAUUGUAUCGUAUAGCUGUAUUGAAUCAUGUAGUAUCAGAUAUUAGAUGUGAUUUAAUAGUGUUAAUCAAUUUAAACCCAUUUUAGUCACUUUUUUUUCCGAGAAAUACUGCCGGAUGCUGAUGUCCAGUGUAAUUUCUUUGCCUGUUCAGUUACGGAAAGCGGUGCUCAGUUGUAGAAUGUAUUGUACCUUUAACACCUGGUGUGUACAUCCCGUGUAACAGAAAGGGCGACAAUAAAAUAGCAAUCCUACAGAAAGAAGAUGGCAGAAAAGAUCUGUAAGCACAGUCUUAUUUCCUUUUGUUGUCCAGAAUAAUUAUAAUUCUUGAGCCUCCCAGAAAUUGGAAGCUAAAUAAAGCAACUCAAGUUUCCUUUA